AUGGUUCUCGAAAGUACUAUGAUAUGUGUUGAUAACAGCAACUACAUGCAAAAUGAUGAUUUUAUACCUAGCCGUCUACAAGCUCAACAAGAUGCUGUUAACAUAGUAUGUCUUUCUAAGACUCGUGAAAAUCCUGAGAACAUCGUCGGUCUAUUAACUUUAGCCAAUGUUCGUGUAUUGGCUACUUUAACAGCCGAUGUUGGUAGGAUUCUAUCAAAAUUGCAACAAGUAAAACUCAAUGGUAUCAUGGAUUUUCUUACUGGCAUUAAAGUUGCUCAUUUAGCGUUGAAGCAUCAUCAAGGAAAAAAUCAUAAAAUGCGUAUAAUUGCAUUUAUUGGCAGUACGAUUGGUUUGGAUGAAACAGAAAUUAUUAAGUUAGCUAAGAGGCUCAAGAAAGAAAAGGUUAAUGUGGAUGUUGUUUCUUUAGGCAUAGAGGAUGAAAAUUCUGAUGUAUUAACUGCGUUUGUUAGUGUGUUAAAUGGUAAAGAUAGUGGUGGCAGCCAUCUUAUUGCUGUACCACCAGGUUCACAUUUUUCCGAAGCAUUAGUAUCAGCUCCAGUUAUUCAAGAAAAAGAUGGUGCUUCAGGAGCUGGUCUUGGCAGAACAGUAUAUAAAUUCGGAGUUGAUGCUAAUGAAGAUCCUAAAUUAUCUUUAUCAAUGCUUAUUUCUAUGGAAGAACAAAGAGCUAUACAGGAGCAAGAAGCUCGUCGAAUUCAAGCUGCAUCUGCUGGUGCUGAAACGUCAACUGCUCGUCCAGAAACAAUUAAUAAAACUCCAACAGAAGAAGCUAUGUUGGAGCGUGCUUUGUCAAUGGAAACUAGUGAAGAUGAGCCUAUGGUUGUACAGGAGGGAUCUGGCACUUCAACUUCAGGACCUUCUGCUGUAGCUCCAUCUCAAGUGGACUUUUAUUGUAUGAGUGAAGAACAGCAGAUAGCAUUUGCUAUGCAAAUGUCUCUGCAGGACUUGGCAGCUAAAGAAAAAGCAUCAACAUCAACAAUAUAUGAACAACGGCAACGAAAUUGGGCACUGCAUGUGCAUAAUGAACCGACAAUAGUUGCUGAACCAACAGCACCAGUACCAGUAGCUGCAGAUUUAGUACCAGUUGUUGCACCAGUAUCAGUAACUGAUAAUUUAGUAGCAUUUGUUGCACCGGCAGAAGCAGUUUCAUUAGUACCAGUAUCAAUUCAGAUGCUUCAUGUAGAACUACCUGACAACGGAAGGCUGAUACAAUAUGAACAACAGCAACAAAAUUUGGCACUGCAUGUGGAUAAUGAACCACCAAUAGUUAUUGAACAAGCAGCAGUUGUUGCACCAGUAUCAGUAGCUGAUGAUUUAGUAGCAUUUGUUGCACCGGCAAAAGAAGUUGCAUUAGCACCAGUAUCAGGUCAGAUGCUUCAUCUAGAACUACCUGACAACGAAAGGCAGAUAGUACGUGGUCAUGCUUACAACCUACAAGGUAGUAAAUAUAACUAA